UUUGGAGAUGAUAUUUGAAGUGGUGAGAUGUCCAGAAGGAUAAAACACUAUGAUAGCUGCGUAUUAUUUGGAAGGAUUGGUCAAGAAGUGGUGGAAUAAUGAAAAGGCUUCCGGGAGCAAUUUGUUUGGAUUGCCGUGCGAGGCCUUCAAGGCGAUGAUAAGAGUGCACUUUUAUCGUCCGCACAUUCAAAGAGCAAAGGAGGAUGAGCUUAGUGCCUUGGUGCAAGGUACUAUGACGGUGGAAGAAUACUUCAUGCGUUUUAAUGAAUUGGCUGCCUACGCUCCAGAUUUGACAGUGAACGAUCGGUGCAAAUUGACGAGAUUUGUUGGUGGGCUUAAUCGAGAUCUUCAGUGGUUCUUAGAUGGCUUCAAUGUGUCGACCCUUAAGAAGGCAUACAAGAAAGCAGCUAACAUCUAUCGGGCAAAUCAAAUAUCGUAUGAUGAGCGGAGGGAAGAAGUCCGCAGGGAAGAUAAAGGAAAAGGGAAUGUGAGUGAGCGUUUGAAGAACUAUAGGCGAAAGGAUCACUCAGGGAGGUUCUUGGGUACGCCUUAUGCAUCUCACCCUAAAUUCAUCCCUGGGAAUUUGAGUGAUAGUCAUGGCGGUCCGACUGUUUGUAGCCGAUGUGGAAAUCUCAUCCAGGAUUUUCUUGGGAUGGCAAGCCCAUCACUUGCUAUUACUGCCAUGAGCCGGGACAUGUCAAGAGGUUUUGUCUCAAGUUAGUUGGAGCUCCGAAUGCGAUUGAGAGGACAAUGGUUUUGCAGCAACAAGGUCGUACGUCGCCAGUGGCACCUCUGCAUGCGAAAGGAGGAGGAAGAAGUGGCGAGAGAGGUCACAUAAAUGUCAUGACGAGAAGGCAAGCUGUGGAGAACCAGGGAGACGUCCUGACUGGUGAUGAUGCUUCUAUUAUACCUAAAUGAUGCAUCCACGUCAUAUGAUCGUCGGGGGAAAUGAUAACUACUUUAUCUUAUAAAAUGCUUUUGAAAUUAAUUAUGUUUAAAGACUAAUGCCUUUUGAACUA